CCGUGUCACUAGCAGGUGGUGGUUUAAAAUGGCGGCCAGCGGACAUGAAAACAUUUAGACCGGUAACAUCUGCAGAGAAACGAUGGCUGGAAAAGGAGGUUCGACCAAACUGGAGCUCGGAGUUUUGAGUCCUGAGCAGCAGGAGAGGCUGCGACAGUUCAAGAUCAAGACGAGAAUGGACAAUGAGAUGUACUUGAGGUCGCACCCAGAGGUGGAGGUGUUGGUGGGAGACUUCCUCAGAAAUGUGCUUCUUCAGAGACCUGCUGACAUCCGUGAGUUUGCUGCAGAUCACUUCACCAACCCAAACCUUCAUGCUGCUGUCAGCUCCAAAAUGGAGGGAAACAGCGCCAGGGAGUGAAACACACCCGACAGUCGUGACCCUGCAAACUUCUCUUCUGUGUCAACUCCAGUAACUAGAUGUCAGUCAGUGUAUGUCUGUCUACAAAACUGUUUGGCUGAUGGCCUUUCAGAUUGCUAUCACACAUGCGGGAUCCAGCGAGGGUAGAGUAGCUUCUAAUGGCCUUUCCUAAUUAGUGUGAUUAUAAGAUAAUGAGGAGGAGGACGUCCUGUGUGUAUUACACACCGUUGGUCACAUAACACACACGUGAGUACGUAGGGACAUGGUGAAGAGUUCAUUAUGUACUGAAGCUCACGCACUGGGAUCUGCAGUCAUCUGAUGUGAGCAGUGUCCACUCAUCUACAUGGAAAACACCACGUGUGAGGGGCGGAAUAGGUUGCCACUUUUCUACGUAUUAUAGUCACAUCUCUUGGUUACUUGAUGAUAAAACACUUUCAUUUUUUAUUAAUCUUAUUCAUCAAUGUAUGUAUGUAGUUAGUUCUUUUUUUAAAGUUGCACAUUAGAAGAAGAGGAAAUUUAGAUAAAUUCUACUUUGUAUAAUUUUUAUCUGCAUAUUUUUUCUACAGAGGAAUAUAAAUCUAAGAUAAUCUUAGUGUAUUUUUCAAUAAUAGCCAUUACCUUAACAUUCAUUACCACUCGGUGUUCAGAUUCUGCUGUUGUGAGUUGCCAGCUUCCUCUGUAAAGUAUGUAAAUAAAGUUUAUCUCUGUGGUCACCUCUGUUUGCUGGUUUGUUUUUUGGUUGUGUAAUGCUGUUUGCACAAGUCAUUUAAAUUGAAAUAUGAUCCGAGGAAUAAUCAUUGCGUCCUGUUUUACAACCUCAGCUCCCACAAGCUGUUGUCGUGCACCAUUGUGUCAGAUUUUAUAUUGUGCAUCA